ACGUUCCAGGGGGUGUAACUGCGAACUUAUUAGUUCGUCGUUACAAAGACAAUAUAAAGUUCAAUGCUACAUUUCCGAAAACAGGUGGUGGUGAAGACGUUGAUUAUUGUCUUCAAAAAAGUCGGUUUUUUAUACAAAAUAUUCAAAACGGUGAGGGUUUUAGAGGCACACCCUCGAUAAAAGUUUUGCAUCCUUGGUGGAAUAACGGGAAAAGAUCAUAUAUUAGAUUUGCAAAAUGGGCAUUUGGAGAUGGACAAUUGAUAAUGAUGUACCCAGAAUAUAGGUACAAAGAUAAUUUCCCCAAUAGUGCAGAACUUUUAUUAUUGCUUUCGUCGUCUCUCUUAAUUUUCCUUUUGACAAAAAUUUUGAUAAAUAACCAAAUACUAAAUGAGCUGACGCUCAUAACAGCUGUAGCGAUACCAUUGGUCAUAUUUGCAAACAUGAUCUUUGACGUUAUUCGUUUCAUUAUUAUUGAACCGGAUUCAUAUGUUCCGGAAAUCAAAGGAUAUCGUCGC